AUAGUCUCCCCCUUUAACGUACCCUGCUGUUCUUUUUGCCGGCUUUACCUUCUGCUUUCUCUAUUAUCUUCUCCUUGUAUCUCCUCACCUCUGAACGAUUCGUACCAUAAUGUCUGGAUAUGACCGUGCUCUUUCAGUAUUUAGUCCCGAUGGACACGUCUUCCAGGUCGAAUAUGCCAUGGAAGCCGUUAAGCGGGGAACCUGCGCUGUCGGCGUAAAGGGCAAAGAUGUCGUCGUUCUAGGCUGUGAGAAGCGAUCUGCUCUUAAGCUCCAAGAUACCCGAAUUACGCCUUCGAAGAUUGCCAAGCUGGACGACCACGUUUGUCUCGCUUUUGCCGGGUUGAAUGCCGAUUCGCGCAUCCUCAUCGACAAGGCUAGGUUGGAGGCCCAAUCGCACCGGUUGACUGUUGAGGAUCCCGUCUCUAUCGAGUACAUUACCAAGUACAUUGCUACGGUACAGCAGCGGUAUACGCAAAGUGGCGGGGUGAGGCCGUUUGGAAUUAGUACCUUGGUCGUUGGUUUCGAUAAGGGAGAUACCGUGCCGCGGUUGUAUUUGACGGAGCCUUCUGGGAUUUACUCUGCUUGGUACAUUUUUAUAUUAUUUAGACCCUCUUUCCCGGAACUGGCUUUCUGACUUGCAUCAUAGGAAGGCAAAUUCGAUCGGUCGG